AUGGUGAACUCUCGAAACGCGCGCUUUGGCACCAGAGGGAACAGAGGCUUCGGGUUAUCGUUCAGAAUCGUGGCCUCUGCCAUUUCCAUUGUUCUCUGCAUUUUCUUCACUUUCUGUUUUCUCUUCACCACCCAUUCCUACACCACUGGUCACCACAACAUCGGUUAUGAUGGAGAUGCACAUGGAUUUGAACCAAUUAGUAGAUCCAUGCUUUCUCUGGAAACUGAUCCUCUGAGGCCAAGGUUGGAUCAGAUACGAAAGCAUGUUGAAGGUCAUCGCUCUGUGGCUCUGGUAUAUGCAUCGUAUGCAAGGAAGCUCAAGCUUGAGGGCUCCAAGCUUGUUAGGGUUUUUUCUGAACUCUCAAGGGACUUCUCAUCUCUAAUGAGCAAACCCCAAUACAAGGCUCUUUUCAGCUCUGAUGAAACCCCAGUUGAUGAAUUACUGCUUCGCCAAUUGGAAAAGGAAGUGAAGGAGCGAAUUAAGGUCUUGCGCCAAGUGAUUGGUGAGGCCAAAGAGUCCUUUGAUAAUCAGCUCAAGAUUCAGAAACUGAAGGACACGAUUUUUGCCGUGAAUGAGCAAUUGACCAAGGCAAAGAAGCAGGGUGCUUUCUCCAGCUUGAUUGCAGCCAAAUCAAUCCCAAAGAGCUUGUAUUGUCUUGCGAUGCGGUUGAUGGAGGAAAGGAUUGCACAUCCAGAGAAAUAUUCAGAUGAGGAAAAGCCUACUGCUCCGGAAUUUGAAGAUCCUAACUUGUACCACUAUGCCAUAUUCUCAGAUAAUGUUAUUGCUGCAUCUGUGGUGGUCAAUUCUGCAACAAAGAAUGCAAAGGAACCAUGGAAGCAUGUGUUUCAUGUUGUCACAGAUAAGAUGAAUCUUGGUGCAAUGCAAGUGAUGUUUAAGUUGAAGGAUUAUAAUGGAGCUCACAUUGAGGUUAAGGCAGUUGAGAAUUACAAGUUCCUAAAUUCUUCAUAUGUUCCGGUGCUUCGACAAUUGGAGUCUGCUAACCUACAGAGAUUUUACUUUGAAAACAAGCUUGAGAAUGCCACAAAGGACACAACAAAUAUGAAGUUUAGGAAUCCAAAAUAUUUGUCAAUAUUAAAUCAUUUGAGAUUCUACUUGCCAGAAAUGUAUCCAAAGCUUCAUAAAAUUUUGUUUUUGGAUGAUGACAUAGUGGUUCAGAAGGACCUUACUGGGUUAUGGAAGAUUGAUAUGGAUGGCAAGGUGAAUGGAGCUGUAGAAACAUGUUUUGGAUCAUUCCAUAGAUAUGCACAAUACAUGAAUUUCUCACAUCCCUUGAUUAAAGCAAAAUUUAGUCCAAAGGCAUGUGCUUGGGCUUACGGAAUGAAUUUUUUUGAUUUGGAUGCUUGGAGAAGAGAGAAAUGCACAGAAGAGUAUCAUUACUGGCAGAAUCUGAAUGAGAACCGAACCUUGUGGAAAUUGGGGACAUUGCCACCAGGUCUAAUUACAUUUUACUCAACAACAAAGCCCUUAGAUAAGUCAUGGCAUGUUUUGGGGCUUGGCUAUAACCCAAGCAUCAGCAUGGAUGAGAUAGAGAAUGCAGCAGUGGUGCACUUCAAUGGUAACAUGAAGCCAUGGCUUGACAUUGCAUUGACUCAAUUCAAACCACUUUGGACAAAGUUUGUUGAUUAUGAAUUAGAGUUCGUUCAGGCUUGCAAUUUUGGUCUCUAAAUGAUUAUAACUUCUCACUGUUUGCUGCUGUGUUUGGUGCCACAAGAAUUAUUUGCUAACAAGCGAGAGUAUAGAGCAAUGCUAAAAUUGUGUAAAAUUGUUCCUUUGUGAUCGAAAUGUCUCGGCUUUGAAUCCGAGAAAUGCUCUCUUUUCAAAUUUAGAAGUAUAUGUGUGCAUAUAAGGAUUGUCCUUAUCUCACCCUCA